AUGAGCGUUUCUGCGAAAACCUCGAAACCGAAAACUCCGGCAAAGCAACCAGAUGUCAAGGAGGUGGCACUGGAAACCUUCCAGUCGAUGGACGUGGAUAAAUCGGGCAAGGUGAGCUUCGCCGAGUUCAAAAAAGCCAUGGAGAAGAGAGGAGGGCAGAAGUUGUCGAUGACUGCGUUGAGGGCAUUUUUCGACUCAUUUGAUAAAGACAAAGAUGGAGAGCUAAGCCUCGAGGAAAUUGAGAACCUCGUACUUUAA